AUGAAGCACUUACUACUUUUUGCCGUUUUUUUGGCUACAUUUCACAUCGUCCAUUCUGAUAUUCCAGAAUUUUGCCAAUUACCUGAGAGUGAAGGUGAUGGGGAGAAAUUCAUCAUUGCUUUAUUCUACGACAUCAACAAAGACAUGUGCAGCCCAUUCAUAUACAAAGGCCAAGGAGGAAACGAGAAUCGUUUCCUAAAUGAACGGGACUGCAUGAGGAACUGCUCGGCCAAUUUGGAGAAAAGUUACCCAAAAGAUGCAACAGCAAUGUGCAUCUUGCCGAAGCUAGAAGGUGGAUGCAACGGUAAAUUUCUGAGAUACUACUACAAUUCUGUUUAUGGAAAGUGCAAAAAAUUCCUUUGGACCGGCUGCCAUGGAAACGGAAACCGAUUUUUCGACCAUGACAGCUGCAAUUCCACAUGUGCCGGUAUUUUCGAUAACCGAGAAGAAGAGGAAGAAGACGAGCCAGACACGCCAAUUGCAAUCAUCUGUGGAGUUUUACUUGGGGUCAUCAUCCUGAGCAUCUUCAUAACUGUCAUCGUUCUGACUGUUCAAUCAAAGAAUAAGCAAAAGAUGUCAAGCAAAAGUAAGGAUGAACAGCCUGACGCACCUCUCAGGGGCAUUGAAAUGGCCUAA